AUGGAAGAUACGGCAACACCUUCAACUGCAUUGGCCUACCUUAAUCCUUCCUACUGGGAUGAGAGGUUCUCCAAGGAGGAACAGUACGAGUGGUUCAAGGAUUAUUCCCACUUUCGCCACUUGAUUCAACCCCAUCUCACGCCCCAUUCCGCUGUCCUGGAGCUUGGAUGUGGAAACUCACAAAUGUGUGAACAAUUGCAUAAAGAUGGUACAACUAACAUAACUUGCAUUGAUCUUUCACAUGUUGCAGUUCAAAACAUGCAAAAGAGGUUACUCUCCCGGGGAUUCAAAGACAUAAAAGUGCUGCAAGCUGAUAUGCUAGAGCUACCUUUUGGGGAUGAGUGUUUUGAUUUGGUUAUUGAGAAAGGAACUAUGGAUGUGUUGUUCGUGGACAGUGGUGACCCAUGGAAUCCAAAGCCUGAAACUAUAUCCAAGGUCAUGGCCACUUUGAAAGGUGUUCACAGGGUUUUGAAAGCUGGUGGCACAUUUAUUUCAGUAACUUUUGGCCAGCCACAUUUCAGGCGCCCUAUAUUUAAUGCACCAGAUUUCAGCUGGUCUGUUGAGUGGACUACUUUUGGUGAAACCUUUCACUAUUUUGUCUAUGUUCUGAAGAAGGGACAGAGAUCGUCAAAUAAUGAUAUGCCACCUAUUAAGAGGUUUGAAGCAUCGUCUAUUAAUCUUCUUCAUGAAGAAUUAGAAAGUGAAGAUUUUGCUUUCCUAAUCGAUGUUGACGAGUUGAACUAUUAA